AUGAAUUGGAAAAUCUAUCAGAUGAUAAGUUAAAAGAAGAAUUAAACGAAUGGGUAGGACAAAAGCCCAAGAAAACACUGAAGCAAUAGAGAGAUUUAGACAAAUAAUAGAUAAUUUGGGUGUAGUAAUGUCAAAUGAUGCUAUAUGGCAUCUAUACAAUUGGAGAUUCGAUGAAAAAGAUAUAGGAAAUAGGCGAUUUCUACAGGAAUAUUUAGGACUGAUAAAAAUGUAUCCAAUGAAUGAGAAAAAUAAGGUAAUGAUAAGAGAAUUAUUAAAACAAUUCAACGAAGAAGCGGGAAAGAUGGAGACUGCAGAAUGGUUAGAAAAGGCACAAGAAAAAGGAAUAGAGAUUUUAGAGAGCGAAUUAUCGGUAUUAUGGAACAUGGGAUACACGGAAGAAGAACGAAGAAACGAAAAAAAGAAAAAAGUAGAAAGCGAAUCAAGUGAAGAGGAGGAUGAAAUCGACAAGAUAAUAGCAUCAGUAUAUGAAUUAUUAUUGGAGACGAAAAAUGAAUUAACAAAAGCGGAUAUCAGCAGGAUAUUAAGACUAGGAUUUGAUCAAUAUGAAAUAGUCAUAGAUGGAUUCGUGAAGGAGUACAAAUCUGUACGAGAAAAGGAUGAUAAGGAAGUUUACAGGAUAUUACAUUCACAUCUAGCAAAUAGAGGAUUAAUUUGGAAUAGAGAUGAAGAAGAUACAGAUGAAUCAGAUCCACAAAGGGAGCCAGGAAAAGAAAAUUCAGGGGAAUCAGAAACUACUUCGGAAGAAGAAGAAAAAUCAAGUGAUGAGUCUGAAAAACUUAUAAAUACACCUGGAAAAAGUCCUUCUGAACUUUCAGAUAGCAAGCAAGAAAAAGAAGAAAAUAAGAAAGAAACAACAAUACCAAUAGUACCUAUAACACUGAUACCAAUAACAAUGGCAAAUAUAAAUCAGAUUCAAAACGUCUUGAGAACGUUUGGAGCAACUAUGCUUGGUCAUGAUAUUGGAAAUGAUUGGACUAAUCCAAUUGCACCACCAAUAAUUUUGACUGGAUUACAAGGAGAAAUACAAACCGUUGAAGGAUCUUGGUUUAGUGGUUCAUUUUUCUAGGGUCACAAUAAAAAUAAAAAUGUUGUUCUUUCGGACUAAUAGAAUCUAAAAGAUUCAUGAAUUUAACAACUUUCAUAUGAAAUAAUAAUGAUAUCAAUCCAUAUUAAUAACGAAAUAAAAUACAAUAAAUUCAAAAUAAUAAGGGUAAAAAUUCUAUCCUUUCACUUUCUUGAGAUUAUCUGUUCAAAAAUU